CUAAGUUCCCUAAUUCAGUUUUACUUCUCUUUACAAGAAAUGAAAACAAGAAGCUCCACAAUAAGACAAAAUCAGAGUGGGCAAUGAAAACAUUUAUUUUUGAUAAAAAUAUGUGUUCAAAGGACAGUAUGAAGAUGAAAGCGUUUUGCAUUUUUUUUCUACAUCUGUCAUUGGGCUUCAGUGACCAAGCCAUUAAAGAAAGCGUUCCAAUGAAGAGCUUGAAAUGCCACAGUGACUACAACUCACUUGUGACCUGCACAUGGAAGGAACAUUCAGAGGCUCACACCCUACUUGGUUUGACUCUGUACCAAAGGAAUGAUAUUAAAAAUGACAGUCAGGAGAUGCAUUGCAAAAAGGAGCUGGAAGAAGACAUCCAUGAGUCUUCAGAUCCCUACAGCCAUUGGAUUUGUUGGAAAAAAGCAGAAUAUUUUGGAAUUGGAGUGGAUGACUAUUACAGCUUCAAACCCAAGCAGAUUCUUGACGUACAACUAAAAGUUCAUCUUUUCCAAAAUGUUCAGCCCCUUCCACCUCAAAACCUCUUGGUCACAGAAAGUUCAGGAGCCUUCCUGCUGACCUGGACAGCACCUGAUGGAAGCCAAGGUCUGGGCAGUGCAUUGGAAUAUGAAGUUGCUUACAAGCGGGAGUGGGAGUCCUGGGAGGUAAGAGCAGGAGGAGCUGGGCUGCUGCCUUCACAUCGGCUCUCCAACAUCACUCAUUGCCAUCUCAGUCACCUCGUUCCAGGGAGUAGAUACUUUGCCCGUGUGAGAGCCAGAGCAGAGCAGAGCACAGGCUUCUCUGGGCAGUAGAAGUGGAGCUCAGAUGUGUCCUGGGACCCUGAAGGUGGCAUUCAUCCCAGGAACCUUCGUUGCCUCUUCAAUGGUGCGUAUCUGAUGUGCAGCUGGGAAGUGAAAAAAGCAAUUGCCACCUCUGUCAUCUUCGGCUUGUUCUUCAGGGUCACUCCAGCAUCAGCGGAACAGGAGUGCUCUCCUGUGUAUGAGAAGGCUUUUCCCCAUGUGCCAUACGUCGUGCAGAGCUGUGAGAUCCCUGUUAGUAACAUCAGGAAUCAAAGCCAGUACCAAGUGUCUGUGAGAACCAAGAUGGAGGAGAAACUGAUAGAAGCCUCCAAGAACAUUAAGGUGCUGCCACCUGCAAAUGUGUUAGUGGAACGGAUAGAAAAGCAACAGUAUGAACUGAGGUGGAAAAAACACACUUUACAGAAUGGUUUGAUAAAGCAGCAGUAUCAAGUCCAGUUCUGGGAGCACAACCAAUAUGAAAAGACUGUGCAGACAAUAACAAUUACCAAUGAUGAACCUCCCUUCAUCUUCACUGAUCAGAUGUUGUCACCGUCUACAAAAUACAGGGGAAGAAUGCGUGCAAUGGUGAAUACUCAGGAUUAUCAGGGAUACUGGAGUGAAUGGAGUGAAGAGUUCACCUGGGAAACUCAGAACGUUCUUUCACCAGUGAUUCUCCCACUGAUGCUCCCAGUUAUCAUCAUCACUUUGCUCAUUGCUGCUUACUGCAGCUUUAAAUACUUCCUCAGGCAGAAGAAGCAGUGGGAGGAAAAUAUUCCAAAUCCCAGCAAGAGUCUGCUCUUCCAGAGCUACUUAAAGAAUGUUCCUCUAAGAAACAAGCAUGCAAGAAGUCAGCUGGACGUCAACAAAUGCAGCCUUGCAGAGAACAUGGAUCAGCCUAGCUUCCUUCAAGUUGUGGACAGGCAGACGAAGAUUUUGGCAGAGUCCCCUGAAGCGCGGACUGAGAAGAACGCUGCAUUAGACCUACAGAGCCAAUACCAGGCUUUAAAUGCCCUAGUUGUCUGCCCGAGGACAAACUGUGCUGAUGCAAAUAUGACUUCCCAAACAGCAGUCACUUGCUUUGCAUUCAAUGGCCCAUAUUUGUACAGCCCAGUGACAUCCUCUCAGUCUGAGAUGCAUCAGACACUGGAAGUGACCUCGAAUCCAAUGGAAAAACAGGAGAAAGCCAUGUCCCUGCAGUAUGUGACCCUUCCAGACAAAGACAGUCCCCAGGCUGCACAGAGGCAAGAGCAGUCAGGAGCAGGUCCUCUGCAGCCCUUCCUUCUCCCAGAUCAGAAGGAAGUGAUGCGUUAUCUCAACUACAAGAGGGAAGUUUCACCACUUCCCACCAGCUGUGGGAAAAGCACAGAUGUGAGAACAGAAGAUCAGAAAUCUCCAGAGGCUCCUGGCUGUCCCGCAUUCCUUCAGCAGUGCUCCUUGGAGUACAUCAGCACAGACAGCCUGUUACUGCCAUCAACCAGCAAUGCCACACACCUGCCAUUCGUCACUGCUGCGGGGAAACCCUGUGAUACACAGGAGCCCCAGCAGACCAUUUAACAUUUCAGAAACUUGAAAUCAGAUGAUUACUUCUCCUGGCAGCAAUCUUUUGGAUCACAGAAAUCUGCUGAAGGAGCAAAUGUCAGUGAAUAGCAAAGCUAAGAGUAGCUGAAAGAGGUGGCAGCUAUCUGAUAAAAAUGGACUCUGCAAUCUAGGAGCAAAUAUACAACAAUUGCUUUUUCUAUCUUCCAGUGCAACAUGUUGAAAGCCAUUGCUUGUUCUCAUCGUCAGUGACCUUUGCAAUUUUGUCAUAAAAGACAAUCUAAAUGUUGCCAUGUUGAGAGACAUGGUGUUUUUUGAACUUUUUUGGUUUAACAUGGAGACAUUGCUGAGACAUAUAUUACUGUAGAAAAUCCCAAGGACAUGGUACAGUGAAAAGAACAGAAUGGGCCAAUAGAGGAAAAUGAUGAGAGAAAAGUUGUGAAGAUGUAUAAGCCUGUGUCUGGUGGGGCUUCUCCAUUUCUGUAUGUUUAAAUACAAAAUGAUUUUCUUUUAAGUUCAUUGGUUUAGGUAUGUUAUAAUUCAUCUUAACUAUAUGGUGUGUUCUUUUUUUCCCUUUUUUCUUCAUAAGCUGUAUUGUAAAAGAGGAACCACUUUUUGGGGGUCAUGAGUAAGAAAGCCAGUUUCUUCCAGGCUGUAUGGUUGUGCCCUGUGUAGGCUGGUAAUAAACUUAGAUGUUCAAAUUCAUACGAAAAUCAGGUAUCUGGAUUCAGAUCUCCGAUAUGCAUCACCUUGAUUAGCCUUGGAUUGCUACAGUUUUAAUAACCAAGAAGAAUAGGCAGUGAAAGAAUUUCUGCUCCACUCAGGGCUUUCAAAUGGAGUUCAUUUACACUGUGAUUGGAACUCUGAGUGCUGUCUUUUCCUCCUGCACUUCACUGGGUGUUUGAAGAGACAGCUCUUGGAGACAGGAUUUUUGGAUACAGAGAUGUUUAUAUGACCCCACAGAGCAGCACGAAUAAUGUGAAAAUUACUUGAGGAGCCUGGAACUUGAAGAGUAACAUGCCGUUGUCCAGGUAGGGGAGCUGAAUGGUGGUUUUCAUCAGCAACUAUUAAAAUCAUCUUGGAACAGAAAGAAUUUCUGCUAAAAAGAUUAUCUGUGCAAUAUUCACCUAAGCAUCAUUAAAGAAAAUAUGUAAUGCACAGUGGAAGGAGGCAAAGGACUUCUGGCUACUCUGUGCUAGUGAAGUCCUCUUAUUACACAGUUACAGAAUCAAGGCUUCUAUAAAUUUUGUUUUUGUCUUACAUUCCUUUCUGCAUGAGGCCUAGUUGCAGUUGGAAUGCUAAAAUCAUGCAAUUCUGUGUUUUGUUGGCUUUGGGACUGUUGCAUGUUCUAAUUCUUAGCUUUCCUGGUCAGUAGCUCAAGCCCCAGAGUUACUGUGGAAAAGGAGGUUGCAGCUACCUUCUGUUAUACUAGGUACUGAUAUUCAGGAAAGGAAGCAUUAUGAUGAUUGGACUGUAAGACUUCAGUGGUCUUUCCAAUCUUAAUGAUUCUGUGAUUCUGAUGACACAAGAUGCACUUAUAAUAGGCUUCAGUGAUUAGGUUUGCCACAAGGCAGUUCAAGUCCCUCACCCUGUGUAUCUGAGAGGUGAUUUCCUGUAUUUCUUAGGUAGCCAAAAAAGGAGAAGCAGUUUAAAUUUAAAGUGUGGGUCACCUUUUAUAACUCUCUGACUCAAACUUCACAGAUUCUGCCUGUGUUUUGACAGUAAAAAAUUUUCUCCUUCUUUCUCUCGGCUAAUAACUUUAUUAUUGCUUUAUAAGAAUAACUCUCAACCAGAAAUAUAUUACCUGACUGUGCAUAAGGUUAAGAUGCUAAGAAUAUUGUGGCCUCAAUGGUUCCAAUGACAAUCCAUGUGGAACUAGUCAGCUGUUUUCUUUCUGUGAGUCUGGGGGCUGUCUUUUACAUAAAGAAGGAAACUGAGGGUGAGUGGUUUAAUAGAAAAAGAAACAGCAAUGGAAAGCCCACAAAGAACAGAAGCUGGAGAAUUUCUGAGAAAACUGUAUCUGCAGAGUAAUGCAAAACAAGCCCAACCCACCCUGCCAACUGCUAUACACCUGUCUAUACACUGUCAAACACAUUUGUACACAGUCUUAUUCCUGUACAUCUCCAAUGAUUAAACUCUGACUCCUCUCACUCCCUAUGCUCUCCCUCAGUUCUCAUGGUGGAGCUGAACUUUCCAUGAAAAGAAACCCUCUGAAUCAUCUUCUGUAAAUGGAGAAGAGCUAUAACAAUUAUUUCAACACCUGUUUUGUCCCCUUGUAACAUUUUCCUAGUGGCUCCCAGUAUUCUCUAGCCUCAACCAUAACAACUCCUCACAUUACUCCAUGGAUACUUCACCAUGGUAUUAAGCAGGUGGGCUCUAACCAUACAGUCUUGCUCUAUGUAAGCCAGAUUUGGUCCAUAGCUUUGCCGAUUCAUUAUGUCCUUUUCAGCUCAUUGAUAGGGGAAUGUUUGGUUCUCACCACCGAAGACUAAAUUAUUUGUCUAAAACAGCAGAUGUAAAACUAUCUGAAACAAUUGGCUGACUUUUUCCUAUCUGUAGUAGAAAUGCUAAGUCACAGCUGGUGAGAAGGUAGGGCCAGCCCAGGGGAGCUCAGCUGCACACAAUACACCUGAGUGACCAGAAGGGGUGGAUCCAGCAUCCAUUCUUUUUCAGACCUCAUUUAAAGUUGGACAUGGAGAGACAAGGGUAUCUUGCUAGAGGUCCCUGCUUACCUGUGGUCUUCUGUGCCCAUGGCUGUUGCAUUUGUGUGAAUCCUACUUGUUGCAGCCUGAGAUCUCACUUCCUUACUGUUAUUGUUGUACUUUCCAUUGUGUUACACUAUCCUUAUUUCAAAGCCUUCUAGCACCUUGUUGUGUGCAUUUCGAGUGGAAUACUUCUGCAUCUGAUGGAGUCAUAUAGUAUAUAUUUUAUCUAGUUAUCUGUCUUUUGCAUUCAGAAGUCUGUGGGAUAGCUAUGGAUAUCUUGAGUUUAUUUUCAUUAUUGAAGACUCAUGAUGGAUUCAUGACCACAGAAUCAUAGGGGUUGGAAGGGAUCUCAAGAGACCAUUGGGUCCAACCUUCUAAGUAGGCACCUCACAGUAGACUGCACAGCAGUCUGGAGACAUCAUUUUCUUCUCUUUUACAUGGAGCAAAGUCUGUGAUACAGAAAUGCAGAGAAAAACAUAGUGGAGCUAAACAGUCAUUACAUCCUUUCUGAUAUUCUGCCUAUAGCUUACAGUGGAUGCUUAAAGCAAGAAAAUUGAGGCUACAGAAACCCUACCUUUAUAGCAUGGGCAGAUUUGCAGAAGGCUUAAGUUCUCUUCCGAGUUCCUAAAUGAUUAUUUAAACAGCUCAUUUAUUGCUUCAGACAUUUGACACUUUAAAUAGCUUUUUGGGCUUCUUCUUGUCUUGUUUGUAUGUUGUUUUUUCAACUUGUACUGGGUCUUGUUUAUUGUUUAGGAUUAAAUGAUAGUUUAUCA